AUCAGUUUGUCAACAGAAACAAUAAUAAAAAGAAUUUGUAGGAAGAAGGACACAUUUAAAUGCAAGUUUAUGACUCUGAGUGUAAAGGCCAAAAUAAUAAUAAUAAUAAUAAUAAGGGCCAUUGGGUCUAAAUAGGCAGUCAGGCCCAUAACUUAGGGGAGCUUCAGCCUUAGAAGGGAAGGCCUUUUCUUUUCAGAAGUUAGAUUUCCAUUCUGCAAAUUCCUUUCUCUCUCUAGAACAGAAACCUUGCCCAAACUCAAAUGCUCUGCCUUCUCUCUAAAAUUCUAGCAGAUUGAACUCUUGAAUCUCUGUUUUGUUGCUGCAAAAUCAUUCCUGGCGCGGAGAGCUUCGAUUCCUACCGAACAAUUUCUUCAUUUCAUCGGGUGCUGUUGAAGUUUUGUCCUGUGAGGGCACUGUUAGGAAGUCUCCAUUUAGCUGUAGUGUAGCGUGGUACCAGCCAUGACUAAUGCUUUGGUGCUUGGUUUUUGUGCUAUCAUAAGCUUGGUUGUGGCACCAUGUUCUAUUUCUGCUCAACCAACAAGGGCUUUCUUCGUUUUUGGUGAUUCACUGGUGGACAGUGGCAACAAUGAUUUCUUGGCAACCACUGCCAGAGCAGACGCUCCACCCUAUGGCAUUGACUUCCCAUCACACAGACCCACUGGACGUUUCUCCAAUGGCUUAAACAUCCCUGACCUUAUCAGUUUGGAACUUGGUCUAGAGCCUACACUGCCGUAUUUGAGCCCCUUACUGGUCGGAGAGAAGCUACUGAUCGGUGCCAAUUUUGCAUCAGCUGGGAUUGGCAUUCUCAAUGAUACGGGAAUUCAAUUUUUGAACAUUAUCCACAUCUACAAGCAACUCAAGCUAUUCCAGGAGUAUCAGCUAAGGUUAAGUGCACACAUUGGUCCGGAGGGAGCCAGAAACCUAGUAAACAGAGCACUCGUUCUCAUCACUCUCGGAGGCAAUGACUUUGUCAACAAUUACUACCUGGUCCCCUACUCAGCAAGAUCUCGCCAAUUUUCUCUCCCAGACUAUGUUCGCUAUCUCAUUUCUGAGUACCGCAAAGUUCUGAGGAGGCUUUAUGAUUUGGGUACUCGAAGAGUUCUUGUAACGGGUACUGGACCGAUGGGGUGUGUUCCUGCGGAAUUAGCCAUGAGAAGCAGAACGGGUGAUUGCGACGUGGAACUUCAGAGAGCCGCUGCAUUAUUCAAUCCCCAACUGGUUGAAAUGUUGAACGCACUGAACGAAGAAGUUGGUUCCCAAGUUUUCAUUGCUGCUAAUGCUUAUCGCAUGCACAUGGAUUUCGUUUCCAACCCUCGAGCUUAUGGAUUUGUGACAUCGAAGAUAGCUUGCUGUGGGCAAGGGCCAUACAACGGGAUUGGACUGUGUACACCAGCUUCAAACUUGUGUCCGAACAGAGACCUUUACGCGUUCUGGGAUCCGUUCCAUCCAUCAGAAAAAGCAAACAGAAUCAUAGUCCAACAGAUUCUGAGAGGCACCAACGAAUACAUGCAUCCCAUGAAUCUCACCACCAUCAUGGACCUCGAUUCCAUGACCUGAUUCAUCGUUUUUCGAUUUCCAUGUCUGAAAAAAGUCAAAGGAUGUUAUAUCUAUAUAUGUGUGCCACCUAAGCUUGUUUGAUCUUCUUAUAUCAUCAUUCCCUAGCUAGCUACUGUGCUUUCUGCUGCAAACUUUCUUUAUCUUCUCCUCCUUUCUUCCUUCGAUUGUUAUUCUCUGUCGGAAGUAAUUUUGGUCUCUCACCACAAAUAAAUUUACGUUCUUCUCUAUCAUUCCUUUCUUCGCAUCUAAUUUCUUUACAUUUUCUGAAAUACUCUCCUUCAAUGUUAUGCUUUCGCCU